AUGUCUUCCUUCAGCCCGACCCAGAUCUUCGAGGAGGGCACCACGGAAGAGAAGGGUGAGAAUGCCCGUCUCACUGCCUUCGUCGGUGCCAUCGCCGUUGGUGACCUGGUCAAGAGCACCCUGGGUCCCAAAGGCAUGGAUAAGAUCAUGCAGUCCGCUUCCACCGGCGACAUCCUGGUCACGAACGACGGCGCGACCAUCUUGAAAUCCAUCGCCCUCGAUAAUGCCGCCGCCAAGGUCCUCGUCAACAUCUCCAAGGUACAAGACGAUGAGGUCGGCGACGGCACCACCUCUGUCUCCGUCCUAGCUGCCGAGUUGCUCCGCGAAGCCGAGAAGCUGGUCGACAAGAAGAUCCACCCACAGACCAUCAUUGAAGGCUACCGGAUAGCCAGCAGCGCGGCAUUGAAAGCCCUCGAGGGCUCGGCUGUCGACCAUAGCCAGAACCAGGAAGCUUUCAGGAAGGAUCUGGUCGCCAUCGCAAAGACUACUCUCAGCUCAAAAGUUCUGGCGCAGGAUAGGGACCACUUCGCCGAGCUGGCAUGUGAUGCUGUCCUGCGUCUCAAGGGCUCCUCGGACCUGAGCAACAUACAGAUCAUCAAGAAAGCCGGUGGCAAGCUCAGCGAGUCCUACCUGGACGAAGGGUUCAUCCUGGACAAGAAGAUUGGUGUCAACCAGCCCAAGCGCCUGGAGAAGGCCAAGAUCCUCGUCGCCAACACCUCCAUGGACACGGACAAGGUCAAGAUCUUUGGUGCCAGAGUCAAAGUGCAGUCUACUAGCAAGCUGGCUGAGCUGGAAAAGGCGGAGCGGGAGAAGAUGAAGGCCAAGGUCGAGAAGAUCAAGUCACACGGCAUCAACUGCUUCAUCAACCGUCAGCUCAUCUACAACUGGCCGGAACAGCUCUUCACCGACGCUGGCAUCAUGUCCAUCGAGCACGCUGACUUUGACGGCAUCGAGCGGCUGGCCUUGGUCACCGGAGGAGAAAUUACGUCAACCUUCGACCACCCCGAGCAGGUCAAGUUGGGACAUUGCGACCUGAUUGAGGAGAUCAUCAUUGGCGAGGAUACCUUGAUCAAGUUCUCGGGCGUUGCUGCCGGCCAGGCCUGCACCAUCGUGCUCCGUGGUGCGACGGGUCAGCUUCUCGACGAGGCUGAGCGGAGUCUGCACGACGCCCUGGCCGUUUUGUCCCAGACGGUCAACGAGCCCAGGACAACCCUUGGCGGUGGAUGCGCAGAGAUGUUGAUGGCCAAGGCCGUUGAGGGUGCGGCCACCCGCGUCGAGGGCAAGAAGCAGAUGGCAGUGGCGUCGUUCGCCAUCGCCCUGCGGCAAUUACCUACCAUUCUGGCCGACAACGCCGGUUUAGACUCGGGUGAGCUAGUCGCCCGGCUCCGCAAGGCCAUCUACGAUGGCAUGACGACUUACGGUUUGGAUCUGAUGACGCCUGGUGGUGGCAUUGCCGACAUGCGCGAUCUGGGCGUUAUUGAGAGCUACAAGUUGAAGAAGGCGGUGGUGUCAUCAGCCAGUGAGGCUGCCGAGCUGCUACUUAGGGUCGACAACAUCAUCAGAGCAGCACCGAGAAGACGCGAGAGGCACUGA